AUGUUGAUCACUUUAAUGGUAUCGAAACAUCGAUCACCUAUCAAUACAAUCUCUAUUUUAAAACAAGUACGACUCACUCAAUCAUAUUCGAAUCCACCAGCUUCAUUAUUAAAGAAACGGAAAAUUCGUUUACAAAAUUAUAACGGUGGUGGGAUUGAUGACUCUAAUAAUACACCUAAGGAUCUAAUCAUGACAUCCUUAAGAGACGUAUGGUCAUUAUUUCAACCAAAUUCAAUGAAUCAAGAAGAUGAUGAUAUAAUAGAGAAGGAAAAAUACUUGAAAUUAAUUUUUGAAAAGGUAGAAUCUAACCAUCUUUUAAAAUUGUUUAAAUUGUCAUCUUCAACUGCUAGUAUACCUACGGAUUUAUUAGAAUCAAAGUUUGAAAACAUUUCUCAAAUUGAUAAAGAUGUUAUAGAGUUAGCUAUAUCAAAAGAGGCAACUAUUGGUUGGAAUCAAUGGCCUAUAUAUUUAAAACAACUAGACUAUUAUUUGAAAUUUGGUUCAUAUGGUCCGAGAUCAAAUAUCCAAUUCGAAAACGCUGCUCCAUUUGUGAAUUCUGUAUCAUCACCGUCGUCGUCUCUAACCUCUUUUUCUGGUAAAAAAGUUAGGAAAUUAAAUGAUGCUUAUAUUGACUUGUAUGCAAAUGAUCAAGGUUCAAAGUUUUAUGAUCCUUUAACUACUUCUGUCCUUAUUUUAUCUUCAAUAUUAUUCAUAAUAGGUUAUAUGAAGAAUAAUGCUCCUAACGAUAGAAAUGAUGAAGAAGCAGAAAGGAAUUAG